AUGGCUUCUGCGCCAUGUCUCUCCCGGGCUACGGCGAAUUCACAUCGUCCCUUGUGCGCAUGUCAAACUCGACUCGAGCUGCGCUACGGCGAGCACGAAGGACUAGACGUGUGGCAUAUCAAAGGGAGCCAUUGGGACCUUUCCGCCACGGCCUACAAGGUAGCACCUAUUACGGGUCGUGGACUGCGCACACGACAAAAGAGACCGACGGCAGGGUUUAGUGAUACCGCGAGCGGGUCAUGGUGUGUGGGAAGCUUGUGGGGAGCAUCCCAAAGACCACGAGGCGGACGACGGAAUGGAGCAGCUGGGCCAGGCGAGUCUGCCCCCGGCCAAAGCCACUCGAGGUCCAAGGUUCGCCCACGAUGGUAA